AUGGAAACCUCGGUGGACUGGCCCUGCGUGGAUCUCCUUGUAUCGGAUCUAAACGGUGUGUUUGACCCACACGCGGACGGAGAAACAAUUCAGGAAGCAUUGGGAGUUCUAGAGACCAAAAGAGAAGAAAUGAAGAAUCGCGAGGAGUCCAAGCGCGAAAUGAUAAAGGAAAUGGAACAUGAGCUCCAAGAAUUGGAGAGUGACGCGAUUCGGAUAGACGAGAUCGAGAAAGAAAAGGAGCGAAUUGAAUCCCUGAGCAAGGAAAAAGGAGAAGUGAGAUCGCGAAUGGAACGAGUUCAAAGAGAUAUAGCAUCCAAGGAAAACGAAGUAAAACAAGCCGAACUUGAGUAUCAAGACUUGGUAAACAAAAUAAACCAGGAAAAGGAGGAAAAGAAUGUUACAAAAAUGAAAGUGAAGUAG